AGCGGCCCGGCGUCGUGCGGGAGCUGUGCGCGCGGCCCGGACAGGUCGUCGCCCCGGGGUGUGUGUUGGUAAAACUAGAAGGAUGUAGCCAUCCUGUUGUUAUGAAAGGAUUGUGUGCAGAAUGUGGCCAGGACUUGACGCAGUUACCAAGCAAGAAUGGAAAACAGAAUGUGCCGUUAUCCACAGCAACUGUGUCUAUGGUUCAUAGUGUCCCAGAACUGAUGGUUAGCUCUGAGCAAGCUGAACAACUCGGAAGGGAAGAUCAGCAGCGACUACACCGGAACCGAAAACUUGUACUGAUGGUAGAUUUGGACCAGACAUUAAUUCAUACUACAGAACAGCAUUGUCAGCAGAUGUCUAAUAAGGGAAUAUUCCAUUUCCAGUUAGGCCGAGGAGAGCCUAUGCUGCAUACUCGUUUGCGUCCUCAUUGCAAGGAAUUCCUAGAAAAGAUUGCCAAAUUGUAUGAAUUACACGUUUUUACAUUUGGUAGUAGACUUUAUGCACACACUAUUGCAGGAUUUUUGGAUCCCGAAAAGAAACUUUUUUCCCAUCGGAUAUUGUCAAGGGAUGAAUGUAUUGAUCCAUUUUCUAAGACUGGGAAUCUUAGGAAUCUCUUCCCAUGUGGGGAUUCCAUGGUUUGCAUUAUUGAUGACAGAGAAGAUGUUUGGAAGUUUGCACCCAAUUUGAUAACUGUGAAGAAAUAUGUGUAUUUCCAGGGGAUUGGGGAUAUCAAUGCACCACCUGGACCAAGAGAAGCUCAAAUGAGAAAGAAGGUAAAUCAUUCUUCAAAAACACCAGAAGGAUCAGAUACAACAAUGGUAACAGCAAAAGAUUCUGAAGAAGCAAAGAAUGUUGUUACAUGUGUGGAAGAGCAAAGUAAUGGUCUCAAGAAAUCUGCAAAGGAAACUUGUACUACAAAUGGUAGUGACUUUGUAAGCAGUGAAUCUACCAACUGUGGGUUGCAUUCCAACGAUCAAGUUAACGUGCAAGAUUCCUUAAGUGAUACUACUGAUCACAAAGCGGACAGUAUAGUGACUGAUGACUUGGUGACUGUUAAGGAACCUCAGAUUUCACCAGAACAAGAUGAUAGGACAGUUCUGGACAAGCAGCAGACCCAAGAAAAGGCAGCAAAUGAUUUGGACUUUGAACUUUCUAGUGACAGUGAAAGUGAUAGUGGUUUAGAUGCUAGGAAGUCAUCCAGUACUUCUGCCUCAGAUAGUGAAAAUGAGGAAAAGAGAAGCUGGAAGAAAUCAAAGCAACCUACCCAAGAUGAAAGUUUCCUGCAAGAAAGUUGCACUGAUGUCAGUGGGAGAGAGGAUGGUCAAGUGAACCAUUCUGGGGAUGCAAAGUGUCCAUCUAGCAUAAAUCCUCAUGAAAAGACCGGUGAUCUUGUAGUGCAAGAAGAAAGUGAACAGGACAGCCUUUGCGAUCUAGGAAAUGGGUGUGCAGACAAGAAGGAAGCUGAAACAGAGUCCCAAAAUAGUGAACAAUCUGGGAUUACAAUGGGUGAAUCUUUAGACCAGAGUAUGGAAGAGGAGGAAGAAGAAGAAGAUACAGAUCAAGAUGAUCAUUUAAUAUACCUCGAAGAGAUACUUGUUCGGGUACACACCGAUUAUUAUACAAAAUAUGAUAAAUUCUUGAAAAAAGAGAUUGAGGAAAUUCCUGACAUCAGGAAAAUAGUGCCAGAACUAAAAAGCAAGGUGUUGGCAAAUGUAACUAUACUAUUUAGUGGACUCUAUCCUACAAAUUUUCCCAUAGAAAAAACACGGGAACAUUACCAUGCUACAGCACUUGGUGCUAAGAUUGUGAAGAACCUGAUAUUGAGUGCUGAAGAUCCCAACAAGGCAACUCACCUUAUUGCUGCAAGGGCGGGCACAGAAAAAGUACGGCAAGCUCAGGACUGCAAAGAUCUCCAUGUUGUUAACCCUGAUUGGCUGUGGAGCUGUUUGGAGCGUUGGGACAAAGUAGAAGAGCAACUCUUUCCUUUGAAGGAUGAUUACAUCAAAGCACACAGAGAGAACAGUCCUGCUGUGUUUCCUGAUGCACACAGUGCGUUCCAGACAGCUUUGUUUCACCCAACGCCUAUCCAUCCAAAGUCUCAGCCUGGUCCUGAAGUUCGGCUUUAUGAUCCCAACACUGGAAAGCUGAUCAGAAAGGGCUCUCAGUCUUCUGGCCAGUCUAUGUACAUCCAGUCUCCAGCUCCUCCCCUCACCUUACCAGUACAUGGGGAGCAUUCAUCCUUCAGAGUUGUUCAACCACAUCAACAGCAGUUGUUUGAUGAAGAAGAGUUACCAGCAAGUGAGACGGAAGAGCAGCCUGGUCCAUCCAAACGGAAACGCCAGCCAAGUAUGUCUGAAACAAUGCCACUGUACACACUAUGUAAAGAGGAUUUAGAGAGUAUGGACAAAGAGGUCGAUGACAUCUUAGGCGAAGGCAGUGACGAUAGUGACAGUGAAAAAAAGAAGCCAGAAGAGGAAGGAGAGAAAUCGCAGAGUAAUACAACAGAGACUCUAGGAAUGAAAACAGAACAGAGGCCUGGAUCAUCAUCGUCAUCAUCAAGUGAAAGCUUAACGGGCAGUGCACCCAGGGGUCACAAGCGCAAGCUGGAUGAAGAUGAUGCUGCUAGUGAAUCUAGUAAAGAGUCCAGCAAUGAAGAUGAGGAAGGAAGCAGUUCAGAGGCAGAUGAAAUGGCAGCAGCACUUGAAGCUGAAUUGAAUGACUUCAUGUGACAGUCAUCUAACAGUGGGGAUUUGUCAUUAUGUUUUACUCUUCCUAACAGAUCAGACUUCAGAUGAGCCCCUUAUGUCAGUACUCAAUGUUUUUCCAAAAUACGUGUGUGUAUAUUUUGCUAAGCAACCCAAGAGUUGACAUGUUAUUUUACAGAAUCAGAAUAUAGAUGUUUUUAAGGUGUUUUACUAAAGGAAAAUAUACUUUUUUAAAAAGGAAAAGUAUUAAAGGGGACUUGGUGUGCUAUGCCAAAGACAUGAGCUCUGCAAAACCUUCAUAUACUGGAUGAUAAUACAAAGGUUUAUGAUUUAAACAUACAACAACUUUUUUUUAAAUACUGAAAUGUGUGGUUUAGGAGUAACAGGCUUCAAAAGAAAGGAGGUAAAAGGAGAUGGAAUUGAUUAGAUAAUACAGUGGGGACCUAAUUAUGUGGUCAUCCUUUUUUUUCCACAAUUAAAUACUAUCAAAUACAAUGGAUUUUUAAAAUAAAGAACAAUUUAUAUUUGUAUAGGAAGAGAGAAUGUGAUAUGCAAGCAUUGUGAACUCUGCACUUGACCUUGACCUACCUGUUACUUUCUUCUAAGAGAAUACAUAAUGAUCUAAUGUCAUGUUUUUAAGUUACUUUGUGAACUAGUUGGGUUCUUUAGGGAGACCGUUUAGAUUAACUUUGCCUCUGUAACCUGGAAUUUUAGCACAGCAUACUGUGUGAUCCUGUACUGCCAUAAGAAGCUUAUUCACCCAUCUGUGUUGUUUUUGGAAGGAAUGAGUGCUACUUCAUUCUAGCUAGCGUUUAAUUUCUUUGAAAAGAUAUCUGAUGUAAAGUUUUUGUAUAUUCUAUUUCAUAUUUGACCCACAAAACAGAUUUUCUUUCAUUUAAUAAAAAUUCAUUUUGUAAA